AUGGCGGCGCCGUCGCGGCUCCUGAUACGCGGUUGGCGCGUGGUCAACGACGACUCCUUGCAGGUGGCCGACGUGCUGGUGGAGGACGGCGUGGUGCGGGCGCUGGGGCGCGACCUGCUGCCGCCCGGGGACGCGCCGGCCGGGCUGCGGGUCCUAGACGCCGCCGGCAAGCUGGUCUUGCCUGGCGGCAUCGACACGCACACGCAGUUCCCCUUCAUGGGCUCGCGGUCCGUGGACGACUUCUACCAGCGCACCAAGGCUGCCCUGGCAGGAGGCACCACCAUGAUCCUCGAUUUCGCCAUUCCUCACAAAGGCCACUCCCUCAUCGAGGCCUUCGAGACCUGGCGAAGCUGGGCUGAUCCCAAAGUCUGCUGUGACUACAGCCUUCAUGUGGCGGUGACAUGGUGGAGUGAGCAGGUGAACCACUGGGGGGUCCAGUUUCUUCCAUUUAGCCCUUUAGUCCUUGCUUUGUGCAAAGAUCAAGGAACAGGGAAGGUGGUCUAUGGAGAACCCAUCGCAGCAGGUCUCGGCACAGCUGGCACUCACUACUGGAAUAGAGAAUGGCCCCAUGCAGCCCAUCACGUUAUGGGUCCACCCCUACGACCGGACCCUUCAACGCCUGACUUCCUCAUGAAUCUAUUGGCUAAUGGUGAUGUAACCAUAACAGGGUCUGACCACUGCACUUUCAACACCUGCCAGAAAGCUCUUGGGAAGGAUGAUUUUACUAAGAUUCCCAAUGGAGUGAAUGGUGUUGAGGACCGGAUGUCAGUAACAUGGGAAAAAGGCGUGCACAGUGGCAAAAUGGAUAAAAACUGGUUCGUGGCAGUUACCAGCACAAAUGCAGCUAAAAUCUUUAAUCUGUAUCCGAGAAAAGGAAGAAUAGCUGUGGGCUCAGAUGCUGACAUUGUGAUUUGGGACCCAAAAGCCACAAGGCUGAGAGAGGUGAGGAAGCUGCAGAAGAAGAGUUUGAAGUUAGCAGAGGUUGGCUCAUGAGGUUUCAGGAAAGAAGUCAUCUCC